AAUGAAAAAAUUGCUAUGAAAGGGAGACUUUGGAGGAGACUUUAAAUUUUGGAGAAGACUUUGGAGGAGACUUCCGCCCUAUAAACACAUCUUUUCAUCGUCUACUAAUUUGUGCCAUCUAAAAAACAAAAUGAAAAUCACAUUCUUAACUCUCUUAUUUACUACAGCGGUAUUUCUUUCCAUCCUCCUACGUGAGCCGGUAGUAGCCCAAAAUUGUAAUUGUGCUCCAAACUUGUGUUGUAGCGAAUACGGUUAUUGUGGCUCUGGAGAUGCCUAUUGUGGAAAAGGUUGUAAAGGUGGUCCAUGUUCUUCGCCGUCUCCUAACAAUAAUGCUGAUGUUGCUGGUAUAGUGACCACAACAUUCUUUAACGGGAUUGUUGCAAAGUCUGCAGGCAACUGUCAGGGCAGAGGUUUUUACACACGAGAUGUGUUUCUUAGAACCAUCAAUGAUUACCCGAGUUUUGGUAGAUCUGGUUCAAUUGAUGAUUCAAAACGCGAAAUUGCAGCUUUCUUUGCUCAUGUAACUCAUGAGACCGGAUCCUUGUGUUAUAUAAAUGAGAUAGACGGUCCUUCAAAAAACUAUUGUGACACCAACAAGGCCCCAUGCAAUCCUAACAAAGGUUACUAUGGGAGGGGCCCACUUCAACUCACACACAACUACAACUAUGCUGCUGCGGGGAAGAGCAUCGGGUUCGAUGGGAUUAACAACCCUGAUAUUGUCGCUACAGACCAAGUGGUCUCAUUCAAGUCUGCCUUGUGGUUUUGGAUGGAGAACGUUCAUUCAGGUUUUGCUUCCGGUAGCGGGUUUGGGGCUACAAUUCGGGCCAUCAACGGGAUGGAAUGUAAUGGUGGGAACCCAGGUGCUGUAAACUCUCGUGUCACAUACUACACCGAUUAUUGCAAGCAGUUUGGUGUUGCAACCGGCGACAAGCUUAGUUGUUAGUCGUGAUCAUUGCAACCCGGCCAUAGUGUAGCUAAUUUGGUAUCUGGCCCGGAUGGAUUCAAAUCAUUUAUACUACUACUUAUGUUUUAAAUAAAUCAAUCUACGGUGACAAAUUAAUAUUUUACAUGAUAAAUUGAUAUUUGACACAAUGUAUGAAUAAGGUCGAAUGGUCGAUCGGAAUAGACAAUGUGCAAUACUAUAUGUCUAUAUAUAUAAAUAUAAUUAAUAAGAUACGGAGUAAUAUUUAAAUCA